CUCUGUUUCACCCAUGCUCAGAAGAGCAUUUGUGAGGCAGCUGCUAUGGGAGGACUGGUCAGAGUAGAUGCCUGUUCUUCCCCAGAUCAAGAUUUCAUUACAUUCAUUAUGGCAAACAUUCCUACAUUCCUGUAUGGAAAUCAUGUGUUUCUCUAGAUCUCCUUGAGCUGCUGAAAAUCUUCUGGACAGAAGACAAAGGAGAAGAGGGCUGAGUGGGCCAGAGUAGAAAAAGGAACAUAAGGAUUCCAUUGAGAUGUCUUUGGUGUGAUGAGAAACAAACCAGCAUCUAGUGGCAAUUGAAGAUUUUGGAAACCAAACAUGCCGUAAGGAAAAGAUUCUUGUAGGAAAAAGACAUCCCCACAAAGUGCUGAUGUUUUGAACUGACUUUGGAUGAGAAAGGGAAAAAGAAGACUGAAGUGUUGAUAUUGCAAUUAAACAUACAUAUCACUGUCAACAUGCAAGGGAAACCCUAUACAUGCCUGGAGUGUGGAAAGAGCUUCACUCAUAGUGGUAGUUUAGUUUUGCAUCAACGAACCCACACUGGAGAGAAACCCUAUACAUGCCUGGAGUGUGGAAAGAGCUUCACCCAGAGUGGAAAUCUACGUUCACAUCAGAGGACUCACACUGGAGAGAAACCCUAUAAAUGCCUGGAAUGUGGAAAGAGCUUCACUCAUAGUGGUAGUUUAGUUAUGCAUAAACGAACCCACACUGGUGAGAAACCCUAUAAAUGCCUGGAGUGUGGACAGAGCUUUGCUCACAAUUCAAAUCUACAUUCACAUCAACGAACCCACACUGGGUUGAAACCCUAUAAUUGCCUGAAGUGUGAAAAGAGUUUCCCUCGGAAGCAAAGUCUGCAGCAUCAUGAAUGGACUCACACUGGGGAGAAACCCUAUAAAUGCCUGGAAUGUGGAAAGACCUUCGCUUGCAGUGGUAGUUUAGGUGUGCAUCAACGAACCCACACUGGUGAGAAACCUUGUAAAUGCCUGGAGUGUGGAAAGAGCUUCACUAAGAGUACACAACUACAUAGACACCAACAAACUCACUUUGGGGAGAAACCUUAUAAAUGCCUCGAGUGUGGAAAGAGUUUCACUAGGAGCAAUCAUCUGCAGAGACAUGGAAGGACUCACACUGGGGAGAAACCCUAUAAAUGCCUGGAAUGUGGAAAGACCUUCGCUUGCAGUGGUAGUUUAGGUGUGCAUCAACGAACCCACACUGGUGAGAAACCUUAUAAGUGCCUGGAGUGUGAAAAGAGCUUCACUAAUAGUACACAGCUACAUAGACACCAACAAACUCACUUUGGGGAGAAACCCUAUAAAUGUCUAGAAUGUGGAAUGGGUUUCACUCGGAGGGAUUCUCUGCAGCAACAUGAAAGGAUUCACACUGGGGAGAAACCCUAUGAAUGCCAGGCGUGUGGAAAGAGUUUCGCUAGGAGCAAUCAUCUGCAGAAACAUCAAAUGAUUCACACUGGUGAGAAACUCUAUAAAUGUCUGGAGUGUGGAAAGAGUUUCGCUAAAACUGGAAACCUAUGUUCACACCAGAGGACUCACUCUAGUAAUGUGAUGCCAGAGAAAUGUCGUACCUAAUGUAAGUGAGUGCAUAAUGUUUGGACAUUUUAUUGUAUUGUGGUGAAAGGCGCAGAAAUAUUGGGCAUAAAUAAAUAAAUUUUGAAGAAUGGGAGGAACUUUGGAAGAAAAUAUUACAGUUUACAAGAAGCUGCUCUGUUAAAUAAUUUUUUUAUAUACUGAUCUGCAGAUGUUACAUAACUCCAUUAAAACUCUCAAAGAUAAACAAAAAAAAUUGCUGGAAAUGUAACCAAAUAACUAGAACCUUUUAUCAUAUGUGGUGGACUUGCCCAAAGACUAAAGCCUUCUGGAUCAAAAUGCACCCAGAGUGGAUAAUGAAAACAUACCACAACAAUUUUUAUUGCAAUCCAUAGACCCAUCAGCACAACUAUCAAUCAUUAUAAAUUCUCCCAUCUCAGGAGAAGUCCGUUGUACAAAAUAGAUCUGCAUGGUUUCAAGUAAUACCCCUUUCAGAGGUUAGUUGCUUUCUCAGCCUUGUUGCCACUGCGAGGAAUUUUCCCACUAGGAGAGUCACCCUGGGGCCCUUGUCCUCCAAAAGAUAUCAAACAAUCCCCUGCAUAUGGGGGGUGGCUGGUCAUGCGGGACUGGAGUGGAUAGAAAAGUUGGCGACGUUGCAUUGUGUAGUAGCGGCACUGCAGUAAAAUGUGUCCUAUUGUUUCUAUUUCAUUUCCUCCACAGGGACGUAGUCUUUGGGAGCAGCGUAUUCCAGACUGUCUGCCUCUUAGCAACUCUGAGGGAAAUACCUUUAGUUUCGCCUUUGUAAAGAGUCUAUGAUAUUGAAUCACGGUUAGACUUUUUAGGUAAUCACAAGACUUAAAUGGCUCCCUGUAGGGCAAAUUUAAAACUUUGGGGGAACACGGUGAAUUUGAGUGGGCUCUAAGCUCUCCCAGGGCAAUGUCCCUCAGCCUUUGCUUCGGGGAUUCCUGUGCCAUUUUGAAUCCCAAAUGGAGCAGAAGGGGUGCAGAUAGUCCUGUUGAGACUGCUUUUCGUCCAGUCCUCCAUGCCCAAAGGGGUUUGGAGGCUUCAUGAGGGAGGUGAUGCAGUAAACCUGUUCCCAGUUUGAAAACCAUGGUUUUUAACCACAGAUUCAUUUUCAGAGUCCAGGCCCUAGUACUCAGCGGGCAUUCACCCAUUUCUAGAAACAUUUGGUAGAUGCGAUCUAAGGAUCGGAACGGAAAAGGGAAACCACAAGGAAUUUAAUGAACUAAGAAAAGAGGCAAGCAAGCCUUAAGGACUUAUGGGUGUUGUCUGAAAAUAGAAAACAAAUGGAGAUUGGAGGAAAAGGUUUACAGCCACCAUUAUAGAAGCACUUUAACAAGCAGGCCAGAAUAUUGAAAAGCAGCCAAAUAAAAAGACUUUAUGAGCAACCAGUUUUAAGACCCAAACAAAGUUAUUUGAGAACAAAAUUAUGAGUUCUGAGUGGAGUGGAAAGGGAAGAGAGAGGGGCUGGUUUUAAACGUCUGAAUGCAAGGGAAGAAGAAAUAAGAGAAGUAAAAUGGAUCUGGUUUA